CGGGUCUGGUUGCGCUUUCCGAUUAACAAGCCGAGAAAUGUGUGGAGAGGCAGCUCGGCGGCCGUUUGGAAAGACAGCCAAAAUAGAUUUCCGCAACCUGGCGGCAAGUUUUUACAACGUGAGCCCUAGCAAAACGUAUGGAAAGAUGUAGGGGUGUAGAGGAGAAGAAAAAACUGGUUCGAGAAUUCGAUGAGAAACAGCGUGAAGCAAAUGAAACGCUGCGGGAAAUGGAGGAAGAACUGAAGUAUGCUCCUCUGCCUUUCCGCAACCAAAUGAUGAGCAAAAUCCGGGCGUACAGAAGAGACCUUUCCAUGUUCCAGAGAGAGAUGAGAAGCACAGAUUUGGGAUUGGGCCCUGGAAGUCAAGGCGAUAUAAAAUAUGGAAUCUUCUCCACAGAAAAUGAACAGAGUACUAAUCUGCAGUCACAGAGGGUGCUGCUUCUCCAGGGAACAGACAGCCUGAACCGAGCCAGUCAGAGCAUUGAGCGCUCGCACCGAAUUGCUGCUGAAACAGAUCAGAUUGGCACCGAUAUAAUUGAAGAGCUUGGGGAGCAGCGGGAGCAACUGGAACGCACCAAGAGCAGAUUGGUGAACACAAGUGAAAACUUGAGCAAGAGUCGCAAGAUUCUCCGUUCUAUGUCCAGGAGGGUAACCACUAAUAAGUUGUUGCUGUCAAUUAUCAUCAUCCUGGAACUAGCCAUCCUCGGAGGCGUGGUCUACUACAAGUUCUUCCGCAGCAGAUGAAUCUUACCCAGUGAGAUGAGCUUAUCCGCUGCUGAGGAACGGGAUGGGGUGUCUGUUCCCUCUGACUGUCUGAGGGCUGAACUGUCUCAGGAGACAGCGUGUUCCGCUGGAACGGUACUGACACUAGAUUGGGCGUAAAAGGAAAAUGCAGAGACAGACUUGAACUACUGGUAAGAUUAAUAAGAAGGUAAUAAAUCUUUUAUUGUCUCUAUUUGUAUAUACAUAACUAAAUGAAUAAAUCUUGGUAUGUAAUAAAGUAGCCACCGCUCAGUGGAAAAGCUAGUUUAUUUAAAAAUUGAGAAGUUAACAGUAUUUGCCAAGUGUUGACGAUCUCUCUGCUCGAGUGCCUCAGCAGAGC